CAAAUGCCAGCCAUGGAUGGGCUGGAGAAAGUGUCCCAGCGUGAGCUGGAUGCCUGGAUUGCCAGGAACCUGGAGCCCAGCACCGCUUUCAGCAGACAGGUGAAGGAGACGGUGAGGAAGAUCUGCGAUUUCCUCAAGGAGCAGUGCUUUGACAGCAUUCGCGUCCACAAGACAGUCAAGGGUGGCUCAACAGGCAAGGGCACGGCCCUGAAGAACAACUCCGAUGCCGAUGUGGUGGUCUUCCUCAGCUGCUUCUCCAGCUACCAGGACCAGAAACAGAGGCGAGCUGAAAUCCUCAACCAUAUUGAGAGGAUGCUCAAACAAUGCAGAAAUACGCUGACAUUCUCUGUGAUGAUCAUCAAUCUCCGGCGCAAGGGCCGCUACGGCUCAUCCGCGCGCUCCCUCAGCCUCACCCUCCAGUCCACGUCGUACUCAGAGUCCGUUGAUGUUGAUGUCCUGCCUGCCUACGACGCCUUGGGGCAGGUGACUCAGGACACUGUGCCAGAUCCUAACGUGUACGUGAGACUCCUGGCUGCGCAUGGGGAGCUCAGCGAGUUCUCUCCCUGCUUCACUGAACUGCAGAAGUUGUUUGUGAAGCGGUGCCCUGCCAAGCUCAAGAACCUGCUGCGCCUGGUCAAGUACUGGUACAAGGAGGUUCUCAAGCCACGGAACCUCUCGGCAAACCUGCCCCCCAAGUACGCCCUGGAACUGCUAACCAUCUAUGCAUGGGAGCAGGGCACGGGGGCUAGUGAGGACUUCAGGAUGGCUGAAGGCUUUCGCACCGUGCUGGAGCUGCUGUGCCAGCACCAGAAGAUCCUCAUCUACUGGGAAAAGUACUACUCUCUCCAGCACCCUGAUGUGGGCAGCUUUGUGAAGAACCUGCUGCUGCACAGCUCACGCCCUGUGAUCCUGGACCCCGCAGACCCAACAGGGAUCCUGGGUCAACGCGCAGAUUGGGCUGCAGUGGCAAAGGAGGCUACUCGUUGCCGUUCUCUGCCCUGCAUCGCCUUUGCCCAUCCCUGGAAUGUGCAGCCGGCUCGACCCAUCACAGUGGAGAUAAAGCGUCUGACAGGCCACAGACUGACCAUGAACGUCAGCCUGGACACCACCAUCCUGGACCUGAAGAAAAGGAUCAGCGAGGAGUGGGACAUCCCUGUAUAUCAGCAGUGCCUGGGCCAGCAGGAACCAGGCCGGGCUCCCCUCAUCCUGCAGGACAGUGCAACCCUGGCUGCCUCUGGCUUCUUCUGCAGCACCACGCUGAUGCUGUUGCAAACCGAGGACAUGGAGGUCCUGGUGAAGGAGAACAGCCGCACCACCCCCUACACCGUGCGGCCCACCGAUACCGUCCGGCAACUCAAGCAAAAGAUCUACGAAAAGCAGCGUGUUCAUGUAGACCAGCAGCAGCUGAUGUUUGACUCCAGGCAGCUGGAAGAUCAGCACACGCUGGCGCACUACGGCAUCCAGAGCAAGAGCAUCAUCUACCUGCUCCUGCGUCUCCGUGGGGGCACAGGCCCCCAGCGCCCCCGCUUCCCUGCUUCCUUGCCCUCCUAAGCAUUGCCUGGG